AUGCCUGGUUUGAUUCAAUCCGGUAACUCGUCGCCCACUGUUCGCGACAUGGCGGUAGAAGGGCCACCCUCAUCUCCUGCCGAUAAAAAGAGAAACAAACUGGGGUACCAUCGCACUGCCGUCGCAUGUGUCCAUUGCCGACGGCGCAAGAUUCGCUGUAUGCCUGAUUACAAUGACCCAACAGGCCGAUGCCAGAAUUGCAUUCGCCUCAAAAAGGAGUGCGUUUUCUUGCCGAUCGACCCGCAAAAUCCGCCCACAGCGAAACGACCUCGCUCGGGGCAAAAGACAGCGGAUGGCUUCGUGAACGAGGGUGAAGCUUCAGUCUCGUCAUCCUCUCCAGGUGGCAUCCUAAGAAGCAGCUCCAUGGAACAAAUAAGUUAUGGGAGGGGAUCCUUGGACACUCCUCCAAUGUCCAAUGAAAGUCCUGGGUUCCCAACUUUUCAGCCGGCCUCCAGAUCCGUAUCUGUCCAUGGCUUUGAUUUUGGGCAUGGGUACGACCCUAGUCAACACCAGCGUCAACAUCAGCAAGUCCUCGUCCCGUCUCCGUAUGCACAGGGGAACUUUGAUGUGGAUUCGAUGAACCCUUCGUUCUAUCAGCAGCAGCAGCAACAGCACUCAUAUGGACAUCCAGUUGGCACGCCAUAUUCGUCAACGUUUGCUCCGGGUUCCUUACCUUCCGUGAUGACAACAAUGUCUCAGGAACAGACUCGUGCGUACCAGACGUCUGUCUCCAAUGGUGGCUAUGGAUGGACAAACCCUCCCGCGAGAUCGAUGUCUUCUGACCAAACCGACGAAUUGUCAUCUGGUUUCCCCACCCCAUACCGAACAAACACAUAUCCGUCCUUCGACAGAGGAAUGACGGGCCAGAUGCAGCAUCUACCUCCGACCAGUUCGAGCAUGGUGCCAAUGGGCAUAGAGAGUCGGCACACUUCGACGACUCCGAAUUUUCAGGACCACACAUCAUACCAGCCCAUGCAAACCAAUAUGCAGUCGGUUUGGAUGGGGGGAAAUGUUGGUGCAAUGCAACAAUUGCCCGGAUCUUCCGACGGCUUUCACUCCCAAGGCUGGUAUCAACCUCAUCCAGGGGUGGCAAACAUACAUCAAGAGGAGGAACAAGCUCGUAUACUACCGUCGCAGAACCACAGUGCGCAAGAAGGUCAGCUUGCGACAAAGCUCUUUCAAACCCCCAUCGCCGACAGCAGACUGAGUCCGAGCUCUAAUGCCAUUGGUAAGCUCGACUCAGACCAGUUGGAUUUGAGAAGAUUUAGAGUUGACGUCUCCUCUGGAUGUGGACGGCCGUAG